UCGAGGGCAAAUUGUUCGAUCAAUCGCCGAAGAGAGGGAAAACAUCGGGAAUCGCGAUGAUCCUUGAAGAGGAACCGGAGGUCGAGGAUGAAUCGGAUUCCUACGGCGUCGCCGCCGCCGCCGACGACGGCGGAGGCGACGGCGAUCGGUUGAUGCCGCCGGCGAACUUCGGGAUGGUGACUUGGGGGAUCUAUCGGUCUGGAUUCCCCAGUUCGGAAAACUUCGGGUUCUUGAAGACCAUCGGCCUUCGAUCGAUCGUGUAUCUUUGCCCCGAGCCGUAUCCGAGACCGAAUGCGGAGUUUCUUGAAUCACAGGGGAUUCGGCUGUUUCAGUUUGGGAUUGAGGGGACAAAGGAGCCUCUUGCAAAGAUACCAAGGGAUGCUAUCAUGGGAGCUCUCAAACUCUUACUUGAUGUAAGGAAUCAUCCAGUUCUGAUUCACUGCAAAAAGGGAAAGCAUCGUACUGGCUGUUUAGUUGGCUGUUUGAGGAAACUACAGAACUGGUGUAUGACCUCUGUGUUUGAAGAAUACCAACGUUUCGCGGCAGCAAAAGUUCGUGCAUCAGACUUAAGAUUCAUUGAGACCUUUGACGUAUCGGCUAUGAGUGAAGGCAUUCUUGGAAUCAUGUACCGUUACCAAUCCUGUAUUGGUUUACAUUCGAAACGCAUCAUGUGCCGAUGCGAUUCAUAGCACAAUAUAUACAAAAAUCAUCCCUUCCCUUAACUUGGAACAUCCAACAGUUGCUUAUUUCUCAAAGGAGCUAUUGUCCGCAUUGUAUCAUUGAAGAUUAUUGAUUAAUUGAUUUAUUCGUUCAUUUGAAA